GCACCCAGCAAGCCGAACGCGCGCUGCGACCUUCUCCUCCACCGCCCGGGCGACUGAGAGUGCGGAGCGCCCUGCGUGCGCUCAGACCUGCCAGAGGAACCCUGUGGGUCUGUGCUCCACAAAAUCCAGCAUGAAAAUCCUCGUGGCCUUGGCAGUCUUUUUUCUCUUCUCCACUCAACUGCUUGCAGAAGAAAUCGAAGCCAACGAUGAUCUGAAUUAUUGGUCCGACUGGUCCGACAGCGACCAGAUGAAGGAGGAGCUGCCUGAGCCCCUUGACCAUGUUCUGCUGCGAAUCGCUCGGAGACCCAAGAAUAACAAAUUCUACGGAUUAAUGGGCAAACGGGAUAUUGAUUCCUCAAUUGAAAAACGAGUGGCCCUGUUAAAGGCUCUUUACGGACAUGGCCAGAUCUCUCAUAAAAGGCAUAAAACAGAUUCCUUUGUCGGACUAAUGGGCAAAAGAACUUUAAAUUCUGCGGCUCAUGAGAGGAGUGCAAUGCAGAAUUAUGAAAGAAGACGUAAAUAAACUACCUAAUGUGUUAUUUACUGAGCUCUCUUUGUGUCAAUGGCCAAUAAAAGGUAAAAAAUGAGAAAUGCACUAUGAGUAUUUAUUUAAUAAUAAUCAUUGUUUUGAGUUGAAAACUCAAAAAGUAUUUAUUUUUCAUAUUGUGCCAAUAUGUGUUGUAAAAGUGUGUUAUAAUUCUAAUAUGAUGACUCCCUUAGAAAUAGAAAUCAGUGGUAAUUUCUCAACAAAGCACAGUGUCCAAUGAAAUUGUCAAAACCUGUCAAUAAUGUAGUCUCCAAAGAAAGGAAUCAUUUUUGUUUCUUGGAGGCAGUGAUGGCAGCUCCUGCUGAAGAAAAGGAAACUCACAGGCAGGCUUGUGCUUCUCCACUAGUUUUUACAGUGAAAAUGUAUUGAGAUUCGGUAUCAAACUAUAUUUGUAUCCCUGCAGCAUGUUUUACAUUUUGUGACUAUAUAGAGAUGUUUCAAAAAGUUUUAAUGUGAUUCUAAGGUCUUCAUUUCAUUGUAUAAUAUGUUGUGAUA